CCCCCAACCCCAACCAGAACCAACUUCUUAUUCUCUUCAAACAACGUACAUUCAUCGAUCAUGGUCAAAGCUGUUGUUAUCGGAGCGUACGGUGGAAUCGGUCAGCCUCUCUCCCUCCUUCUCAAGAUGAGUCCUCUCAUCGAUGAUUUGGCCCUUUACGAUGUCGUCAACUCCAAGGGUGUUGCGGCUGAUUUGAGCCAUAUCGCCUCCCCUGCUACCGUCACCGGUCAUCUUCCUGCCGACGAUGGUCUCAAGAGUGCUCUUACCGGGGCUAACAUCGUCGUCAUUCCUGCGGGUGUCCCCAGGAAGCCGGGCAUGACCCGCGAUGACCUUUUCAAGAUCAAUGCUGGCAUUGUCCGCGAUUUGGCGACCGGUAUUGCACAGAACUGUCCUGAAGCUUUCAUUCUUGUCAUCUCCAACCCCGUUAACUCAACCGUCCCCGUUGUUGCCGAGGUUUUGAAGAAGCACAAUGUUUUCAAACCUAAGCGACUCUUUGGUGUCACCACUCUCGACGUUGUCCGUGCCUCUACCUUCACGGCCGAGGUUACUUCCGAGGGCGCUGAUCCCCGCGAGUUCACCAUCCCUGUCAUCGGUGGUCACUCUGGUGUCACCAUCAUCCCUUUGCUUAGCCAGUCUAAGCCCAGCGUCAACCUCUCUCAGGAGCAGAUUGAGCACCUGACCAACCGUGUCCAGUUCGGUGGUGAUGAGGUUGUUAAGGCCAAGGACGGUGCUGGUUCUGCUACUUUAUCUAUGGCUUUUGCUGGUUACAAGUUUGCUGAGGCGGUUCUUAAGAUGAUCAAGGGUGAAUCUGGCAUUGUCGAGCCCUCUUACGUUUAUCUCCCUGGUGUUCCUGGUGGUGAUGAGAUUGCCCAGUCUGUUGGUGGUGUCGACUUCUUCUCGGGUUUGGUCGAGCUCGGGGCCGAUGGUGCUAAGAAGAUUCGCCCGCUUGGCAACUUGUCUGACUACGAGAAGAAGCUUCUCGAUGCUGCUCUUCCCGAGUUGAAGGGCAACAUCCAGAAGGGUGUUUCUUUUGUUACUGAAGGGUAGAUGAUUUGCCACGAUACUAUUACAGAGCUGGAAGAAGAGUGAGUGGGUAUG